ACAGAUUUGAUUUUUGCACCAACGACAUUGCGCUGCAUUAUUCGACUCAACACCAGUAUAGUUACAGCUCCAAUCAACCUCGAUUGAUCUAUAUUUGAGUGUUCCAUCCAACAUGGAUCUCACUCCCAUCAGGAGCCGUGGUCGUCGCAAGCGUGGUCGACUGCUUGAGAACCAAGACGUUUCCACCAAGAAUCGCGAUCGGCCAUGGAAGACUGCGCGCUCCAACCAAGCCAGCUCUCAACCCCUGAAGAACAAGAAGAAAACAAAACGAGAUUCUACUUUGUCAAAGUUUGAACAAUUGCCUACCGAGCUUGUCCAAGUGAUCUUUCAAUACUGCAAUACCAUUAGCUUGCCCUUGUCGUCCUAUGUCUUCGCCCGCGACCUAUCACAUCGCAACACCUACCUUCGCUUCGCCAUAGACACGCUGUCUAGGGAUGCUACUAGCCACGACAAAGUCGCCAAAGCUGCUGCUGUAUCUCGUAUGCUGCAAUGCAGAUGGAUGACCUGGGAUCUUUUCAAAGACGCCAUCCAAGAAAUUCAUAGACGGAAACAGGUACCACUUCGCGCCUCAUCACCUUCCGACUCGGGUUCAGAUUCAGACACAGACGACAGCGACGACGGGGAAGGAGAAGAACAAGAACGAGAUACAGAACAACAACUGAUGAUUCUGGUCCCCAACUUCUCUCACCCACACAAUCAGUCUCGACUACCCUACCUCAAUCUAUCAUCCUCAGUCCAGCUACCACAAUCUCUCUUGCACGAACCUUGGACAACACCAAAGCUCGAAUUUCUCAAAUACCUCAUCUGGUCAGGCUGCAGGAUCGACUGGGCAUCCUCAUCUCGAGGCGAAACCGCCACUGCUGGACUAUCAACAGCCAUCGCCGGCCACUCCCACACCGCCGUCGCCCUCCUCUGUUCGCCCGCCAUAAACGUCAUCCCCGACACCACAACCCUGAAAAUUGCAGUCAUGGAUCACGGCUGCAAUCCCAGUGUUGUGUUUUACCUCUUAGCUGCUGCUUUGCGAAUGCACAUCAUCUCUCGUGCGUCCGCAGACUCACCACCAGAUGUCAAUUUCAGAGAUCCGAGUUUGUGGCAUUGGCUUGAGAGGGUGGAAGAGACGGGGAAUACAAAGGGGAGGUGGUUGAAAGAUGCGUUGAGGUUUGCGAAUGAUCGAAUGAGGGCGAGUGUGUGGGAUGAGGAGGCCUUUGAGGAGUUUAAGCGGGUUAGUGGGAGGGAGGAGGAUGGGGUUGUGAGGGUGGACGUUCCUGUGGUGGAUUUGGCGGUUGAGGAUGAAGAGGAGGUUGUCGCGGCUGGUGCGGACUGAUGCUGAGUCAGACGUGUACCCGUCGUUGUCUGUCUUCAUGAGACCACAAUCGACAUGGCUGUUCUGUAUUCAAGCCUGACAGUACCCCUCCCUUACUCUUCACGAGUCCAUACUUCACGGCACAUAUUCUGAAAUCAAGUGAGAAGCCAUUUGUCGUGGAAGUACAUGAUACAUUGGCGAUUCACUACAGAAGCCAAUGUGUAGACAUCAACAGUACAUUCAAAUUGCAAGAGGGUAUCAACACAUAAAAACUAACUGAAACGUCACUCUCUGAAACUCGCAGCCUCUUAAACCCU